UUUUUUUUCUUUUUUUUUUUUUUUUUUUUUUUUUUUUCCGUGCAUGAUUUCCCCGGCGCGGCUCCGCCGCUCGGAUGUCGUUCGCUGGGGAGCGGAGCUGAUCCGACCUUUUCCUCCGAUGCUAUGACCGGGAAACUGCUGGAGAAGCUGCCGGGGACGAUGAGCACUUUGCUGAACCAACUGCCCGACUCUCUGUACCCGGAGGAGAUCCCCAACUCUUUGAAUCUCUUCUCCGGCGGCGGCGGAGGAGGCGAUCCGGUGCCUCACUACAACCAGAUGGCUGCAGACAAUGUGAUGGACAUUGGCAUCGGGAACGAAAAGCCCAACCAGGAAUUGUCGUCCUAUUCGGGGACGUUCCAGCCGGCCGCGGGCAACAAAACCGUCACCUACCUGGGGAAGUUCGCCUUCGAUUCGCCCUCCAACUGGUGCCAGGAUAACAUCAUCAGCCUGAUGAGCGCCGGCAUCCUGGGGGUGCCGCCGGCCGCGGGGACGCUGAGCGGGACGCAGAGUUCGGGGGGCGGAAUGGGGGCACCUCCGCAGGGCGACGUGGACCAGAUGUACCCCGCGCUGCCGCCCUACUCCUCCUGCAGCGACCUCUACCCGGAGCCCGUCUCCUUCCACGACCCGCAGAGCAACGCGGGCCUCACCUAUUCCCCGCAGGAUUACCAAGCGGCCAAACCCGCCCUGGACAGCAACCUGUUCCCCAUGAUCCCAGACUAUAACCUCUACCACCACCCCAACGAGAUGGGCGCCAUCACGGAGCACAAACCCUUCCAGAGCUUGGACCCCAUCCGCGUCAACCCGCCGCCCAUCACCCCGCUGGAGACCAUCAAGGCCUUCAAGGACAAGCAGAUCCACCCGGGCUUCGGGGGGCUCCCGCAACCCCCCCUGACCCUAAAACCCAUCCGGCCCCGCAAAUACCCCAACCGGCCCAGCAAAACCCCGCUGCACGAGCGGCCCCACGCCUGCCCGGCCGAGGGCUGCGACCGCCGCUUCUCGCGUUCCGACGAGCUCACCCGGCACCUGCGCAUCCACACGGGCCACAAACCCUUCCAGUGCCGCAUCUGCAUGCGCAGCUUCAGCCGCAGCGACCACCUCACCACCCACAUCCGCACCCACACCGGCGAGAAGCCCUUCGCCUGCGAGUUCUGCGGCCGCAAAUUCGCCCGCUCCGACGAGCGCAAGCGGCACGCCAAGAUCCACCUCAAGCAGAAGGAGAAGAAGGCCGAGAAAGGCUCGGCCGGGCCGCCCCCCCCCCGCAGCUGCCCCCGUCGUCACCUCCUCGCCCCCUGUCGCCCUCACCCCCGCCGUCACCACGUGCGCCUGAGGGCAGCUGGGGGACGGAGCGGUGCAGCCCCGGAGCGCUGCGCGGGGCCGGGACCGGAGGAAGGACGCCGGCACGACCCCCCCCCACCCGCUCUGCCCCGGCCGUGUGGAUCGGAUCGGCCGCAGCUCGGUACCCGCAGCCCUGAGCCCGGGGCUGGGGGUCCGCGUCCCGCUGCGCGCAUCCCGGUACCCGCGGCCCCGUCCCGGGCUCAGGUCGCGCUCAUGCCGCUGCGUGCGUCGCGGUGCGGCGGGCCGGGCUGCGCGCGUCCCGGCGUCGGGGCCGAGGAUGCGGGCGUCUCAGCGUGGGCAGCCCGGUACCGGGGGUCGGGCGGUGCGCAUGCCGGUGCCGGCCCAAGCCGGGAGCGUUCCGGUACCGGGGGUCGGGCUGCGUGUGGGCCGGGAGCGGGGUCAGGAUGGAGGCGUCCCGGCGCGUCGGGUGCAUCGCGGCGAGCGGAUCCCAGCGCUGGGGGCCGGGAUGUGAGCGCGUCGGUGUGCGGGGCCCGGCGUCGGGGGCUGAGAUCCGAGCAUCGCGGUGUGGCCGACCCCGUGCUGGGGGUCGCGGUGCGGUCGGGAUGCGGGCACUGCGCUGUGCGGAUCCUGGUGCCGGGGGUCGAUUGAGAUUUGGGCACGGAGAUUUGGGCGCACGGAGCCGCUGCUGGAGGUUGGCGUGUGGGCGCCUCUGCGUGCCGAGCCGCCGCCGGGGGUCGAGAUUCGGGCACCCCGAUGUGCGCGGAGCCGCUGCUGGGCUCGGGAUUCGGGCUCCCUGGUGCCGGAACCGGGCCGGGUGCCCCCAGUAACCUGGGUACGGCGCCGUGCGCUACGAGGGAUCCCGCGGGGGGUUUCACUCCUCCCGGCCCCCAGCGGUGCUGCGUCCCGACCCCCCCGGCCCUUCCGCACCCGCGG